AUGGUCAAAAUUACUUGUUGCAGCGACAGCAAGGUCAAUGUUAUCGUGUACAUCAUUGUGAUAUUGUUCGGUAUGGGAUCAUGGGUAGCGGUCAAUGGUUUGUGGGUCGAAUUACCAAUAAUGGUUCCAAACUUACCAGAAAGGUGGAAACUACCGUCGUACUUGACAGUGAUAAUCCAACUGGCAAACAUUGGUCCACUCCUUGUCACUUUGGGAUACUUGUGCUGCAAGAACAAGGUCAAUGAAAAAAUCUUAAUAUACAGCAUUCUUUUAAUAGGGACUCUAGCUUGUGUGCUGUUAGCUUUUUUCUGGGAUACUACAGCUUAUGUAUUUGGUGAAGAGCACAGUGUUGCUUUAUUUGCUCUAGACUUUUCUCUUUCAGUCGUUGAUUGUACUUCAUCUGUGCUAUUUCUACCGUAUAUGGCAUUAUUUCAUGUUAACUACAUGACGGCUUUGUAUAUCGGAGAAGGACUCAGUGGCCUAUUGCCAAGUUUAGUAGCCCUCGGACAAGGAGUUGGCAAAGUGAGCUGUCAGAAUCUAUCUAUUGUAAACGAAACGACAAACAUUUCCAGUUAUCAUGUACAAUCUAUCUAUCAAGAUGUAUCAUUUCCCGUGGAGUAUUUCUGUUUCUUUUUGUGUGGAAUGAUGUUGGUAUGCGGGCUGGCGUUCACACUGCUGAAUUAUCUCCCUUAUUGUAAAAAGGAACAUUUGACACAAAAAGCUUGCACUGGAACGGAACUUUAUGAAUUCAACAACAAAGCAGAAUCAUCCGUAAAGAAGCGGUCAAAUAAUAUAAGUCCUGCACAAAUUGCAUUCUAUCUAUCUCUCAUCACCGUAAUUAAUAGUCUCACUAAUGGUAUUCUAUCUGGAAUUCAGUCUUAUUCCUGUUUACCAUACGGAAACGAUGCCUACCACCUGACAGUGACGCUCUCUAAAAUUGCUAAUCCUGUAGUAUGUUUCAUGGCCCUUCUUCUUCCGGUUACAUCUACAAUUCUUAUCGCAUCCUUCGUUACCAUGGGAACAGGCAUAUCAGUUUACAUCAUACUGAUGGCUAGUCAAAGUCCAACACCAUGGAUGUAUGAUGAACCUGUCGGUCCACCACUCAUGAUAUCGGCAUGGGUGGUUAUGGGAUCCCUGAUGACGUUCUCAAAAGUGUCGAUUGCCUCAGUCCUCAGACAGGAAGGCAAGACCGCCUUGAUGUGGUGUGGAGCCGUAACGCAGAUAGGAUCACUUAUCGGUGCUAUCAUAAGUUAUGUCCUGGUCAAUGUUAUGACAUUAUUUGAAAGCGCACCUGUCUGUUCUUAA